CCCCUCCUCUUCCACUCGUUAAUCCAAAAAAAAAAUCCAAAAUACAAAACAUGGGGAGGUCUCCAUGCUGCGAGAAAGCUCACACGAACAAAGGAGCUUGGACUAAAGAGGAGGAUCAGAGACUGAUAGCUUACAUCAAGGCUCACGGCGAAGGGUGCUGGAGAUCUCUCCCUAAAGCUGCAGGCUUGCUUCGAUGUGGAAAGAGUUGUCGUCUACGAUGGAUAAACUAUCUCCGACCUGAUCUCAAGCGAGGCAAUUUUACGGAGGAAGAGGACGAGCUCAUCAUCAAACUCCACGGUUUGCUCGGGAACAAAUGGUCACUUAUCGCGGGCAGAUUACCCGGACGAACAGAUAACGAGAUCAAGAACUACUGGAACACGCACAUCAAGCGCAAGCUCCUAAACCGCGGUCUGGAUCCUCAGACCCACAGACCGCUAAAUGGGCCUCUCCCCUUUCCGGCCGCGCCACAAAAACAAGAGGUCCCGGUCGUAGCACAAGGAAACAUCGCCAAGGCCUUCGGACUCAACCUCGAUUUAUCCAUUAGCCUGCCGUACGACGAUCACCAGUACUCUCCGAAACCGUCCCAAUCUUCAAAAACAUUAGCAACCACGGCGGCAGAAUUGUUAGCAACGAAAACAACCACGGAAGCAACGAACUACAGCCACGCCAUCUGCUUCUGCUACAACCUAGGGUUUCAGAACAGCGAGGCCUGCAACUGCCAGCGCAUCCAGAACCCAAAUCUGUUUAGAUACUACAGGCCGGUAGAGGAUGGUUUCAAUGCUUAGAUUUUGGUUAGGCUUGUACUGUACCUGCUGAGAUUUGGAAAAGAGGAAGGAAAAAAAAAAUUAAAAAAAGGAGGGAGGAGGAAAGUAAAAGAGGUAACAUAUAUUCUUGAAGUUUUAAGUUUCACAUGGGGGGGGUUGGUGGCGUUUGCAUGUUUAUUUAUGUCUGCACUCUGUACAUUUUGUUCUGGCGCUGAAAAGGCAUGGCAAAGUUGGAUAA